AUGGUGGUGCAAACGAUCGAAGGUAUCGUCACAAAAGCGGGCGUCAUGGCGAAGACCGUCACCGUCAGCGUCGAGCGCCGCUUGAUACACCCGAAACUGCUCAAGCCCUACAUCCGUCACAAAAAGUAUCUGGUGCACGACGAGAGCAACUCGCUCUCUGUAGGAGACAAGAUCAUCGCUUCGGCAUGCAGACCUCUUUCGGCACGAAAACGCUUCACUCUGUUCGACAAGGUGGGAACCGAAGCGGAAGCAGAGGCACGCAGAGCAAAAGCCGAGAGCCUCAUGUCUGCGGAGGACAAGGAAAAGGUCCGCAUCGAGCAGCUGGUCAAGGACGAGAUUGCAAAACAUGCCGGCGGCAGUGGGUCCAAGCAAGCUUGA